AUGGCUGCCGGAAAAUCUCGUGGUUCCAAAAGACCUUCCGGUGGUGGUGCUUCUUGUAAUUCAUCAACAGCCACCGUACUCGUGUUCAUAUUCGUUUGCAUUUUUGGUGUCUGGAUGCUAACCUCUAACUCCAUUGUUUCCCCUCAAAAGAAAUCCAUCAUCAUGGAUUCCGUAUUCGAUAACGUUCAUCGUAAGCGAAAUCUACCACGAAAGAUCCCGACUCAUCAUCAUACUGUUUUCGAAGACAAUCCAGGUGAUCUACCCGCCGACGCCAUUAAAUCCGAUGAUGAUUUCAUGGCCCAUGAUCGAGAACUGGAUCGAAACUACUCCAAACAUGAAGACAAUGAACCAAAAGAAACUGAGCAUGACCACGAUCAUGAAAUCACUAGAAAUGGUUUUGAGACUUUGAAUGAUAGUGAUAUCAACCACCAUGGAUUUCAAGAAAAAGUGCGUAAAAAGGAGCAAAAACCGAAGACGAAAGAUACGCAAUCGUUCGAGGGGAACAAGAAACCUUACAAACAACAUACUGAGAAUAUGAUUACAACCAAGAAAAAGACUGAAAAUGAAGCAGAUCAUCAAGAGAGCAAUAGAAAAAAGCAAGUUACAGAUGCGAAUGAAGGUGACGAAGAUCAAGAAAACCGUAAGAGAGACGAAGAACACGAAAAAGGACCGGACGAGGAUACGGAAAUACGAUCCCACUCGAUUGCAAACGAGACAAAAGCCCAAUUUGAAAAUCAAGAAGCUAAGAAAGAAACCAUCACAACAUCAAAGAAAGAUAAUACCAAAACAAACGAAAUAAGAUCUUUCGGGAUGAUACCAGACGAGUCAAACGAAGCAAAGAACGAAUGGUUAACUCAAGCUGACCAAUCUACGAACCAUAAUUCGAGAAGCCGAGACGGAGGCAAUAACGACGGCGGUGGCACGUCGGAGUACAAAUGGGAAUUGUGCAAUGUAACGGCAGGGAACGAUUACAUUCCUUGUUUAGAUAACGUGAAAGCGAUCAACGCGUUGCGUGGUAGUAGGGACCAUUUUGAGCAUCGGCAGAGGCUUUGCCCCGAUGAGGCUCCAACGUGUCUUGUUCCUCUCCCGGACGGUUACAAGACACCUCUCCCGUGGCCUCAAAGCAGAGAUAAGAUAUGGUUCAAUAACGUACCACACAAGGGGUUGGCAGCAGUAAAAGGGCACCAAAAUUGGGUGAAGUUGACAGGGGAAUUCCUCACUUUCCCUGGAGGUGGAACUCAAUUUAUCCAUGGUGCUCUCCAUUAUAUUGAUUUCGUGCAACAGAUAGUACCCGAGAUCGAAUGGGGAAAGCACACGAGAGUAAUACUGGAUGUUGGGUGUGGAGUUGCAAGUUUUGGUGGCUAUUUAUUCGAUAGAAACGUACUUACGAUGUCAUUUGCGCCAAAAGAUGAACACGAAGCUCAAGUUCAGUUUGCUCUUGAGAGAGGAAUACCAGCGGUUUCCGCUGUAAUGGGCACUCAACGCCUUCCAUUUUCAAGCGGGGUUUUCGAUCUUGUUCAUUGUGCUCGUUGUAGAGUACCUUGGCACAGAGAAGGUGGUACGCUUCUUUUGGAGCUUAAUCGCGUUCUUCGGCCAGGAGGUUAUUUCGUUUGGUCGGCAACACCCGUUUACCAGAAGCACAAAGAGGAUGUCGAGAUAUGGGAAGCCAUGUCUGCCCUAACAAGGGCUAUGUGUUGGGAGCUUCUUACCAUCAAGAAGGAUAAGCUGAAUGGAAUUGGUGUUGCUGUCUACCAAAAGCCAGACUCAAAUGAAUGUUAUAAGGAAAGAAAGAAACAAGAACCUCAGAUGUGUGAUGAUAACCCAAAUGCUGCAUGGUAUAUACCGCUGCAAACAUGUAUGCAUAAGGUGGCGACUAUGGAGACAGAAAGAGGUUCACAAUGGCCUGAAGAUUGGCCGGCCCGAGUUCAAACGCCUCCGUACUGGUUAAACAAAACCCAGAUCGGAAUUUACGGAAAACCAGCUCCAAAUGAUUUCGAACAAGAUUACGAGAACUGGAAAUCAGUGGUUACCGAAACCUAUAUGAAUGGUUUAAAAAUAAGCUGGAAUAAUGUAAGGAAUGUUAUGGAUAUGAGAGCUGUCUAUGGGGGGUUUGCUGCAGCUUUGAUGGAUCUGAAAUUAUGGGUGAUGAAUGUUGUGAACAUAGAUUCUCCUGAUACGCUCCCGAUGAUAUACGAUAGGGGUCUUUUGGGGAUUUACCACGACUGGUGUGAAUCGUUUAGCACGUAUCCUCGGACUUACGAUCUUCUUCAUGCUGAUCAUUUGUUUUCGAACUUGAAAAAGAGAUGCAAGAUCACACCGGUUAUGGUAGAGGUAGAUAGAAUCACGAGGCCAGGAGGGAAACUAAUUGUUCGAGAUGAGUCGAGCAUGUUAGAGGAAAUCAAGAACUUGUUGAAGUCGCUACACUGGGAGGUUUAUUUAACUUCUUUUGAGAACCAAGAACGAAUACUCAGCGCCCAAAAGUCAACUUGGCGGCCGAAGACAUACGCGACUCGAAAUUGA